CUUCAAAACAAACAAAAGUAAGACAAGUAAGUUUAUGAUUUGAAGACAAUGAUUUAUUUUAUUCUUUACAAACUGGAUUGAGCAGCAAAAGGGUAGACUUAAUACUGCUUAUAACGUGAAAACUAUGAAGAAGCUAUUAUCUGCUGGUCAAGACUGAAAUUUGUCACACAAGACGAAUUGUACAAGAACGCACAUUCUUGAGAUAAACAUUAUCAAUAAGAUGUUAGAGGGAGGAGAGGAUGAAGUUACUCUCCAUGGUACUCUACAGAGACACAACAACACACAGGCUGGAGAUAAACAUUAUCAAUAAGAUGUUAGAGGGAGGAGAGGAUGAAGUUACACUCCAUGGUACUCUACAGAGACACAACAACACACAGACUGGUAAAACACAUCAUAAAUGUGAUGUUUGUGCCAGGGAUUUUAGUCAAAGUGGUGACUUAAAGAAACACCUGAGAAUACAUACUGGAGAAAAGCCUUAUAGAUGUGAUGUUUGUGCUAGAGAAUUUACUCAAGGUAGUAACUUAAAGGCACACAUGAUAACACACUCUGGUGAAAAACCUCAUGAAUGUGAUGUUUGUUUUCGAAAAUUUUCUCGCAUUACUGACUUAAAGAGACAUAUGAGAACACAUACAGGCGUUAAACCCCAUGAGUGUGAUGUUUGUGGUCAACGGUUUAGUAAUUUACAGAUUCACAUGAGAACUCAUACAGGUGAUAAACCUUAUAAAUGUGAUGUUUGUGCUAGAAAAUUUAGUCAAAAAGGUAACUUAAAGGAACACUUGAGAACACAUUCUGGUGAAAAACCCCAUGAGUGUAAUGUUUGUGCUAGAAAAUUUUCUCGCAUUGCUGACUUAAAGAGACAUAUGAGAACACAUCCUCAUAAAUGUGAUGUUUGUGCUAGUGAAUUGUCUCUAGGUAGUAACUUAAAGACACACAUGAGCACACAUACAUGUACUGGAAAUAAUCCUCAUUGCUGUGAUGUAUGUGGUAACGGUUUUCGUUUUCUUAGUUAUUUACAGAUUCACAUGAGAACUCAUACUGGCGAUAAACCCCAUGAGUGUGAUGUAUGUGGUCAACGGUUUAGUCGACGUUGGAGUUUACAUAUUCACAUGAGAACUCAUACAGGUGAUAAACCUUAUGACUGUGAUGUUUGUGAUAAACGCUUUAGUCAGCAUGGAACUUUACGGAUGCACAUGAGAACACAUACAGGGGACACACAUGAUAAACCUCAUGACUGUGAUGUAUGUGGUAAAGGUUUUCGUUUUCUUAAUAAUUUACAGAUUCACAUGAGAACACAUACAGGCGUUAAACCCCAUGAGUGUGAUGUUUGUGGUCAACGGUUUAGUCAGCAUGGAACUUUACGGAUGCACUUGAGAACUCAUUCAGGGGAUAAACCUUAUAACUGUGAUGUAUGUGGUAAAGGGUUUAGUCAGCAAAGUAAUUUAAAAACUCACAUGAGAACACACACAGGCGAUAAACCGUAUGACUGUGGUGAAUGUGGUAAAGGGUUUAAUCGUAUUAGUUAUUUACAGGAUCACAUGAGAACACAUGCAUGUGGAUAAACUUAUCAGUGAUGUAUGUUGUAAAGAUUUUAGAUUGCUUGGUAAUUUCAGAAGAUACAUAGAACAUGACUGUGGUAAAGAGUUUAUUCAGGCAGCAUGCUUCAUUACAGAGACACAUUUAAAUACAUACAUACUUAUUUACAGAUUCACAUGAGAACACAUACAGGCGAUAAACCUUGUUAUGUAUUAUUUACCUAAUGUAUAUUAAUUCAAGCUAGCUGAUUCAUGCAUUUGAUCUGUAAUUUGUAUUCAAAUCCAUCUUAACUCCCGUACAUUUAUAAGUACAUGUAAGAUAUGAGAUGCACAGUUGACAUGGUCUACCAAAGAUAUAAAAAGAUGUUGUAUAAGUGCCAAUGAUACAACUCUCCAUCCAAGACACCAUUUGUGAAAGUAAAAACAAUUAAUUAUAUGGCAAAGUACAGUUUUCAACACAGAGUCUUGGUUCACAUCGAACAGCAAGCUAUAUUAAGGACCCCAAAAAUUACUAGUGAAAAACCAGUCAAACAGGAAAACCAACGGUCUAAUCUAUAUAAAGAAAUUCGUAAGGGUUCGAACUUCCGCGAAACCCAGUGUCUUAGAUAUAGGAAGAUGUGGUAUGCGUGCCAAUGAGACAAAUCUCCAUCAAAGUCACUAUUUAUAAAAGUAAACCAUUAUAGGUCAAGGUACGGCCAACACGCUCACACCGAACAACAUGCUAUAUUAAAGGCCCCCAAAAAUUAUUAGUGUAAAACCAUUCAAACGGGAAACCAACGGUCUGAUCUUUAUAUAGAAAAACAAGAAAUGAGAAACACGUAUAAAUUACAUAAACAUAAACGACAACUACCGUACAUCAGAUUUUGCUUACUUUUGCUAC